AUGGCUUACCCAUCUCAAUUAGGCUUACAAGAUGCUACGUCACCUAUUAUAGAAGAAUUGAUAAAUUUCCACGAUCAUACUCUAAUAAUCGUAUUUCUUAUUAGCUCAUUAGUUCUAUAUAUUAUUACACUUAUACUCACUACUAAACUUACUCAUACAAGUACAAUAGAUGCUCAAGAAGUAGAAACCAUUUGAACUAUCUUGCCAGCAGUAAUUCUUAUUCUAAUUGCUCUUCCAUCUCUACGAAUUCUAUAUAUAAUAGAUGAAAUCAAUAACCCAAUUAUUACAGUUAAAACUAUGGGCCAUCAAUGAUACUGAAGUUAUGAGUACACAGACUACGAAGACCUAUGCUUUGACUCAUAUAUGAUUCCAACAAAUGACCUUAAACCAGGGGAUCUACGAUUACUCGAAGUUGAUAAUCGAAUAGUUCUUCCUAUAGAACUACCAAUUCGUAUAUUAAUCUCAUCUGAAGAUGUACUUCACUCAUGAGCUGUACCCUCUCUGGGACUUAAAACAGACGCAAUCCCAGGACGUCUAAACCAAGCUACUAUUUCAUCUAAUCGGCCAGGGUUGUUUUAUGGCCAAUGCUCAGAAAUCUGUGGUUCAAAUCACAGUUUUAUGCCAAUCGUAUUAGAAAUAGUGCCUAUAAAAUGCUUCGAGACUUGAUCUGUAUCAAUAAUCUAA